AGGCAGCCGCGGGAAUGGUAAGUUCCCGCCAUGUCGGACUCGCAGGUGGAGAUCAUCUCCUCAAGCUCCGGGCUGGGGAGCCGCAGGAGGACGUGGACCGAGCUGCUAGCGGGAAGGGUCAAGAGGCAAACGCGUUGCCCUGGAACGGAACAGAAGUUACAGGAAUCCGCUGUGCUCCUCCUGAGACGCCACCUAAACUUGAAUGACCUUUUGCUGGAGGUAGAAGGUGCACCACGGAAAAUGCUGUGUCUCAGUCAAUUGAUUGAUCCUGAGGCCUGCCCUAAUCUUUCUAGUUCAUUCAUAGGCUCUGCUUUGCAGGAUGAGGCCUCGAGGCUGGGGCUCCCUGUGGCCGUGCUGUCCAGCCGGGUGGUGGCCACCAGCAUCGCACAGAUCUGCGUGUCCGACGGCGAGCCCGUGCACGGGGUGCUGCUGAGCGCAGAGCAGAGGAAGAAACUGUCUUCCUUGCUGGAGGUGGCGCAGUAUCUGCUGGCACACAGCAUGUUCUCCCGUCUCUCCUUCUGUCGAGAACUGUGGGAGGUGCAGAAUACUUCGUUGCUUGAAGUCAUGUGGCACCUUCACGUGCAAAACGUUGUGAGCCUCCAAGAGCUGCUGGAAAGUCGUGCUGACGUGCAGGCCACGGUGGCGUGGCUGUUCGGGAACCUGUGCCUUCUGUGUGAGCAGAUGGAAGCGUCUCCGGACAGUGACGUCGCCAGGGCAGUGCUUUCUGAUUUUGUCCAAAUGCUUGUUUUGAGAGGAUUUCAGAAAAACUCGGAUCUCAGAAGAAAUGUGGAGCCUGAACAGAUGGGCCAGCUCGCCGUCGCUGUGCUUCAGAAGAUGCUGGUCUUCGCUCUUGAGGCUUUGGCCGCUGGCAUGCAGGACGGGUCCCCACAGCACAAGGUGGUGAAGUGCUGGUUUGGCAUGUUCUGUGGACACACGUACGGCAGAAUCCUUGCGGCAGAUUCUCCCAAGAGAUUUUUCAGUCAUACCCUGACUCAGGUGCUAACCCACAAGCCUGUGCUGAGAGUUUCUGAUGCUGUCCAAAUGCAGAAAGAGUGGAGCUUCGCGAAGACCCACCCCCUGCUCACCGGCCUGUACUGCAGGCUCUUUGAGAUACUAAGUCCAGAGGAGCUAGUUGGCCAUUUGCAAGAAGUUCUGGAAACACAUGAGGUGAACUGGCAGCACGUGCUGGCCUGUGUGUCCACACUGGUGGUCUGCGUGCCCGAAGCGCAGCAGCUGGUUCAAGAUUGGGUGGCCCAAUUGCUGGCCCGUGCGUUUGAGAGCUGCGACCAGGACAGCAUGGUCACUGCGUUUCUGGUUGUGCGUCAGGCUGCGCUGGAGGGCCCGUCGGUGUUCCCAUCCUAUGCAGACUGGUUCCAGGCCGCCUUCGGGAGCUCGAGGGGCAUCCACGGCUGCAGCAAGAAGACACUGGUCUUCCUCUUCAAGUUCCUGUCAGACCUGGUACCGUUCGAGGCCCCCCAGUACAUGCAGGCGCACGUUCUCCACCCGCCGCUGGUGCCCAGCAAGUACCGCUCCCUCCUCGCAGACUACGUGUCGCUGGCCAAGACGCGCCUGGCUGACCUGCAGGUUUCUGUGGAGAACAUGGGCCUCUACGAGGACCUGUCUUCAGCCGGGGGUGUGACGGAGCCCCACAGCCGAGCACACCAGGAUGUGGAGAAGGCCAUCGCGGUGUUUGCGCACACGGGGCGAGUCCCUGCCGCGGUCAUGGAGGCCAGCAUCUUCAGGAGGCCUUACUACACGACUCACUUUCUCCCGGCCCUCCUCACGCCUCGAGCGCUUCCCAAAACCCCCGAUUCCAGAGCGGCCUUGAUAGAGUCCCUGAGGAGAGCAGAUAAAAUUCCCCAGUCUCUGUACUCCGCCUACUGCCGAGCCUGCUCUGCUGCCGAAGAGAAGCCAGAAAAUGCAGCCCCAGGGGUGACAGUGGAAGCCAUCUGUGCGGAUGAACCCUUGGGACCGCUCGCAGCCGCGCUGAGAGAGCUCAGAGCCGCGAUGGCGGACCCCACCCAGUAUGACGUUGUGGCUGCUCGGGUGGCUGCCGUUUCCGAGCGGCUCGGCUCAGCCUUGGGCCAUGCUGAGGAGGACGGCAGCUCUGAGGGAUGGCAGGUUCAGCUCAGCGUCCGCACGCCAGGCCUGGAGCAGCAGGAGCAGGAGGUCGCCGACCUCCUGCUGACGUGUUUUUGUCAGAACCUGAUCGCAGCCUCCAGCUUCGCCCCACCCGACAGGCAGGGACCCUGGGCUUCUCGCCUUGCGGCAGCCAUGUGUGCACAUAGGCUCCUCCCCGUUGUGCUCACCAGGCUCUGCCAGCUGCUCCGUCACCAGGGCCCGAGCCUGAGUGCCUCCCACGUGCUGGGAUUGGCCGCCCUGGCCGUCCACCUGGCGGAGUCUGGGUCUGCGCACCCUGUGGUGUGUGUGGGCCUUCCUGCCCCUGCCGAGGGCCUGACCGUCGCAGAGUUCUUCAGCAGCCUCCUGACGUUUCGGACCUCAGAGACCUUGCUCUUCUGCCUGAAAUUUUGUACAGCGGUGAUUUCUUACUCUCUGUGUAGAUUUUCUGAGUCGUCACGAGAUUCUCUGUGCCACAGCUUGUGUCCAGCCCUCGUGAAAAAGUUUCAGUUCAUUAUGUUCAGACUGUUCGCAGAAGCCCGGGACCCCCUCUGUCAGGAGGACACAGCUGACCCUCCCUGGAGGGCCCUGUGCCGGCUCUCUGCAGACUGGCAGCACGCCGCCCUCUGUCUGUGGAGGCAGAGAACCUUCCAGGAGCUGUUGAAGGAGGAACACUUACACUUAACUUACAGAGACUGGUUACAGCUGGAGCUAGAAAUUCAACCUGAGGUUGACUGUCUUUCAGAUACAGAAAGGUGGGACUUCCACCAGUGGGCGAUCCACGAGCACUUCCUCCCCGAGCCCUCUGCCGCGGGGGGCUGCGACGGAGACCUGCAGGCCGCGUGCACGCUGCUCGUCGACGUGCUGAUAGACUUCUGCCAAAGUUCAAUAAGUUACAACUACUCAGAGAAUUCUGAUUUGGUUCUCAGUGGCUGCACAGGAAAUCGGGAUAUUUUUUCCAGAUUGCAGGAGAUGGCUGCUGACCUGGAGCAGGGCCCGGUGGCACCCCGCGGUUGCUCACCUCCUCCGGGGCACUUCCUGUUCGGCGUUUUCCGCAGAAGGCUCCAGGCUCUGGCUAGUGGGUGGGAUGUGGCCACCCGCCUGCAGAGGCAGCAGUUGCUGCUCACGUGCCAACGGAUCCUCCUUGGUCUGCCCCCGUCUGUGGUCGUCGGCAGCCCCCAGGCCAGACAGCUGGCCGCCCCCGAUUGCACCGAGUUCUUCCACUUGGUUAACUCUGAGCUGAGAAACUUCUCUGGUGGAAGUGCCCUGCCCCGUGACCUCACAGUCCACUUCUUCAGGGGGCUCCUCAAUGCCUGUUCACAAAGCAGAGACCCCUGCCUGACAGCCGACCUGGUCCUGACCACAAGCCAGACGGAGUGCCCCCUAGUCCUGACUUCUGCUCUGUUGUGGUGGCCACAUCUGGAGCCCGAACUGUGCCAUCGGUGGGGGAGAUGCCUCCAGGGCCCCUGGCCCCGAGAGCUGCAGAGGCUGCGGGAGGCCUGGCAGUUCGGCAGGAGCUGCCUCUCCCCGGACACGGCGUCCCCUGCACCGGACCCGGCCUGGCUCUCUGCCGCCGCACUCUACUUCGCCAUCCAGCGAGCCCGCGGUGACCGCGCCGGGAGCCGGCUGCAGCGGCUCGGCUGCCAAGGAGAGGAGCUGUUGGUUCCCCUGUUUUUCUUUUCCUUGAUGGGCCUGCUUUCAUCACAUCUGACACCACAGGGAAGGCCUCAUCAGGCUGUUGACACUCUAAAGGCUUUGGACAUCUGUGCUGAGCUCCUGGGGUGUCUGGGGAAGAGGAGGAUAUCCUGGCUGGUGCUCUUUCAGGUGACGGAGACAGAUGGCAGCCUGGGGCACGUCCUCCUCCGCCUGGCCCCAGAUCAGCAUGUCCGCCUGCUGCCGUUCGCCUUCUACAGCCUUCUCCCCUACUUUGACGAAGACACCCUCACCAGGGAGGAGGCCUUCCUGCACGUGGCUGUCGACAUGUACCUAAAGCUGAUCCGUCUCUUCGUGGCUGGGGAAACCGGCGCCAUCUCGGCCGUUGCCAGCAGGAGCCAGGAGCUCCGGGCCCAGGGUGACCCCGUAGACCUGAUAACAAAGGCUCGUCGAUUCCUGCUGCGGUCAAUACCCAGAUGCCCGAGAGAGAGCUUCUCGAACAUGGCGGAGCUGCUGGCCACAAGUGCAGACUGUGACCCGGAUGUGAGAGCCGCCCUCCUGAGCAGACAGCAGGCCGGGCCUGAUGCUGACCUCUACCAGGAGCCCCGUCUCUUCUGACUGGACCCUCCGCAGUGCACAGCCCAGCUCCUUUGUAAAUAAUUUAUUACAAGCAUAACAUGAAGCUCUUGCACUAGAAA